UCUUCUGCUCAGUUUCUCAAUUUCACACCAACUGUACAAAAAUGAUAAAGGUGAUAACUUUGUUGCUGCUUUUACAGAAUGCUGCAUCUGGAGAAACAUAUUACAUGGAGAUGGAUUAUUUCCUGCAUCCAGGAGUUCCCAAUUUCCCAGAGUAUGCAGUGAUGAAUGUAAUUGAGGGUUUUUUAGCAUCUUACUAUGAUGAAAAAGUAAUGCAUAUCAAACAAGACUGGAUGAAAAAGUUAAUAAAAGAGAACACAAAGGAGUGGGAAUCGUCUGUACAGGCAUGCUUGGAAUAUAAAGAUAUCUUCAGACAUCAGACUAAGAAUUUUAAUGCGGGGUCAAACCCAUCAGAAGGCAAGGAGAUAAUUCAGCAAAUUAUUGGCUGUGUCUGGGAUGAAGAAACUAAUAAUACUCAUGGUCAUGUAAAAUAUGGUAACAACGGAGAAGACUUUAUGACAUUAGACACAAAGACAGGGACUUGGAUUGCAACAAAUCCAAAGGCAGAGGUCAUAGCAAAGGAGUGGAAUGCUGACAAAGCCAUUUAUGAGAUUGCAAAAAUCUUACUCCGAAACGAGUGCCUGCCAUUGUUAAAAGUAUUUCUGAGAUAUGGAAAAUCUUUUCUGAGCAGAAAAGUUCUUCCCUCAGUGUUUCUACUCCAGAAGUCUCCCUCCUUUCCAGUCACUUGUCAUGCAACGGGUUUCUUCCCUAACAAAGCCAUGAUGUUCUGGAGGAAAGAUGGAGAGGAGAUUCAUGAAGGGGUAGAACAUGGAAAUCUUCUUCCCAAUGAUGAUGGAUCCUUUCAGAUGAGUGUCCACCUGGAGGUUCUGGCAAUCCCACCUGAAGACUGGGGGAGAUACGAAUGCAUAUUUGAACUGUCUGGUGUGAAAAAUGAUGUCAUUACCAAAUUGGACCAAGAUUCAAUCAGAAGCAACAAUCCCAAAACUAAAGGUCUGUUAACAGCAACCAGCAUCGCUGUCAUUGCUAUGAUGGGAUGUGUUAUUGUCAUCCUCGCUGCUGCUUUAUCAUUCACAGCUUUCAAACUAAUGAAUGUGACACACAGAAUUUUUCACAGAAUCUUCUGAAACAACCUUCUCUUUAACAAACUGAUACAAAAUGAAAUGCACUUCACCAUGAAGAAUGCUGGACAUGUGUCAUAUCCAGAUGUUCUGUUAACUGGACAUAAAAUCUACAGGAAAU